ACGCGCGCUGUCGCGGUAGCGCGCACGGUCCCUCUCUCUCCCCGAUGUGGGAUGGCUGCCGGUCGGGAGCGAGCAGCCUGGGCCGGCACAUGCCCGGACCCCGGGGAGCAACGGGAAGAUGGCGGAGACAGCCGAAUGAGCGGCCGGGCCAAUGUCCGGAGGGAUACCACGGAUUUCAUGACAGCGGCCGGCCUGACUGGGUUGCCCAAAAUGUUUGGGAAGAAAAAGAAAAAGAUUGAGAUUUCGGGGCCUUCAAACUUUGAACACAGGGUUCAUACUGGAUUUGACCACAAAGAACAGAAAUUUAUAGGCCUUCCACAGCAGUGGCAUAGUCUGCUGGCUGACACGGCCAACAGACCUAAACCUAUGGUGGACCCAUCCUGUAUAACCCCAAUACAGCUCGCUCCCAUGAAGAGCCCCAUUAAACGGGAACCAGCGACCGCAAACAAGACUAUUGUUCGUGGCAGUAAACCACCACAGGAAGCUUCCAUCAAUGGUUUGCUUGAAGACUUUGACAACAUAUCUGUAACUCGCUCCAAUUCCCUUAGAAAAGAAAGUCCACCUACCCCGCAUCAGGGACAUUCUAACCAUUUUAAAAGCUACCCAGAAGAAAAUGGCUUUUUUACCUUUUCUGCAUACAGUUGUGACAGUGAAAUUCCAAGAAGUAACAUUUCCGAAAGAUACAAGGAACGAAGCUUAAGCGCUGAGGAGGCGGAGGCUUAUUAUAGAUCAAACAAACCACCAAGACCAAAUGGACAUCCGAUUAAAAUGAGAUCUUAUGAAGCUUACUUUCCCGAAACAAAAUCUACAAAGGCAGAUAUGUCUAGUUAUACACCAGAAUAUCACCCUCAACUGGAAACUAAAAGUAAAUCUGUGGACCAAUGUGGGCUACCAUGGGACUACCACAGGGGUACAGGGACAUCUCUUCAGGAUUAUAGGGAUUACUUUCAACCUUCAAUUACAGGAACAGUAAUGUUGAGUGAGGGCUCAAAAGAGAGACUUGAAUACACUGAGUGGGGAGAUGGAUUAGCCAAGGAUGAGUACGAUAGGAGGCCGAAGUCCUCCUACGUUAGUCAAACAAGUCCUCAACCAGCCAUACGACAAAGGUCAAGAUCUGGAUCUGGCCUUCAAGAACCAGUCAUACCAUACGGUGCAGGUGUUUUAAAAACAAACCAGCAAGGUCACUCAUUCAGUUCAUAUACCUACCCACGUUUGUCGGAAACACCAGCAUGCAUUCCAAAGGAUGAUUAUGAUCGAUCACCGGCACCUAUGAGCCCCCCACUUACUGGAUCUGAUACCUACCCUCGAGGUCCUGCAAAGCUACCUCAGUCUCAGAAUAAAUCCUGUUACCCCUCAAGCAGUUACCAGUAUCCAUCAGUUUACCAUAAGCCAUCUCCGUACCACCAAUCACCUCUUCAUGCAAGCCCCCACUUUAUGUCCACAUCAUCAUACCCCAGCUCUCCAAGUACGACGUCAAGUGUUUAUCCUCCUCCCAGCUGGGGUUCAUCAUCUGAUCAGCAACACUCGAGAGUGUCCCAUGAACAGUUUCGGGCUGCUCUGCAGUUGGUAGUAAGUCCUGGAGACCCCAGGGAAUAUCUGGAUGACUUCAUUAAAAUCGGUGAAGGUUCAACAGGAAUAGUUUGUAUUGCAACCGAGAAACACACAGGAAAACAAGUAGCUGUGAAGAAAAUGGAUCUCAGGAAACAGCAGAGAAGAGAACUGCUCUUUAACGAGGUCGUAAUAAUGAGAGAUUAUCAUCACGAGAACGUGGUUGAUAUGUAUAAUAGUUACUUGGUUAGCGACGAGUUGUGGGUUGUUAUGGAGUUUCUUGAAGGUGGAGCUUUGACAGACAUCGUAACUCAUACAAGAAUGAAUGAGGAACAAAUAGCCACAGUCUGUCUGUCUGUCCUGAAAGCCUUGUCAUACCUGCAUAAUCAGGGUGUUAUUCAUAGGGAUAUCAAAAGUGAUUCUAUACUCCUUACUAGUGAUGGAAGGAUAAAAUUAUCUGAUUUUGGAUUUUGUGCUCAAGUUUCCAAGGAAGUCCCUAAAAGGAAGUCACUGGUCGGUACCCCUUACUGGAUGGCACCUGAGGUUAUAUCAAGACUUCCUUACGGAACGGAGGUGGACAUUUGGUCUCUUGGUAUUAUGGUGAUAGAAAUGAUUGAUGGAGAACCUCCUUAUUUCAAUGAGCCGCCAUUGCAGGCAAUGCGUCGGAUUCGAGAUAAUUUACCACCCCGAGUCAAAGAUGUGCAUCAGGUUUCUUCUGUUCUGCGUGGAUUCUUGGACUUGAUGCUGGUGAGGGAACCAUCUCAGAGAGCAACAGCACAAGGACUAUUGAGACACCCUUUCUUGAAACUCUCAGGACCACCAUCUUGCAUCAUCCCUUUGAUGAGGCAAUACCGACACCACUAAGAUUCACUUCUGAAAGCUUUACCGGAAUGAGAUUCAACCAACUAUUUGGGAAACAAAAAUGUUAACAAAAUCCACUUUGUAUUAAAACUGCCUAUAUUUCUGUACAUCUACAAUGAAAAGCUGGGGUGUACUAAAACAAAAACCUCACUUUUCAAUUUUCUUUUUAAUUUACAUUUAAUUUUAGUUUGGGUUUUUUAAUUAAAAGAAAAAAAAAUGCUGACUUUUUACAAUGGUUCUUUUGAAGUGAUUUUAGAUAAGGAUCUAGACAUAUCCCCAACACUUAUAUGAAUGAAGGAAAAUAAACUGCAUUUCUUUAAAUAUUACAGAAAUCCUCUGAGGUAAAAUGCACUUUUUUUCAAAAGUAGGAGUGUAUCGUAUUUUGAAAUGAAUUUGUAAUUUUCUGUAUAAUACUUUUGAUAAUUUGCAGUUUUUGAUGUUAUGUAAACAUUGUGCCAGUUCAAAAACCAGGUGUAAAUUACCAAACAUUUUACAAAAUAUUCCUACUUUUAUAGCCAUUUUGGAAAACACCAUUGCCUCUGUUUCAGUGUCUCUUUUGCGUACAUUUAACUUACACAAAACAUCAGGAAAUUUUCAAAACGGGAGUGGUUUGCAUUUUCUUUUUUUUUAUGUUUUUUGGGCCCUUUCAUCAACAAUCAAAUGUUAUUGAAUACUAAAUGUUAAAUCUAUUAAACGUGUUGGCAUUAACUGAUUAUCUACCUAAAACCAUCAGUAUUCAGUCAAUUGAUCAAAUCUUAAUGAAAAAAAAUACAUUUGAUUUCUACACCAUAUAUGUAUUAACAGGAUGCACAGAAAAUGCAUUUACUGAUUUAUAUUAAGGGAGCAAAAUUAUUGCAUUACUAUUAUGUGUUGAUGC